AUGAAACUUUGGGAAAAUGAUGAAUGUGUUAAAAAGUCAGAGAUAAAUUCAAAGAACCAUUGUGGUGGCCGUGAAAUAGCUGAUGAGACACACACGAGUGGAUCUAUCACAGUUGGAGAGCACUGGAAGAAACUUGCUAUUAUAAUAGGUCGAGAUCCAAUUCCAACCGCGGGAGGAGUAAAGAAGAAAAGAUUAUUUGGUCUUGGAUCUGAAGCUGAAAGUUACUUUGGAAAAGAACUUUGUGCCUUUAUUGAGCGUGUUGGUGGUAUUAGGGUACAAGAAGGGGCCAUGCUUGAUCCUCCUCCUACUAAUGAUGAUGAUGUUGAUUCGUAG